AUGUCUGAACCAAAGAAUUGUCAGGUACAACAUGUAUUCACCUCGCCGUUAUCCGCGCCCGCCUCCCGAGGGGCAGUGCCACAGAAUUACUCGAAGAAAAUCGUGGACGGGAUGAUAGUGGAAACGCAUGUUGCUAUCCCCCUCCGUACAGGUUUUCACGCUUUUGCCGACGUAUUUCGGCCGCAGGACGAGACUCCGGAGGUUCCGUUGAUCAUCUCAUGGACGCCAUAUGGAAAGCAUAAUGCUGCGCCGCUUUGGAAAAUCUAUCCUCAUUCGGGCGCCAAGCGGGAGUGGUACUCGGAUUAUACGUGCUUCGAGGCGCCAGACCCUCUGUAUUGGACGCAAAAUGGGUAUGCGGUCGCCAUCGUAGACGUGGCUGGAACUUGGUACGGAGAGGGCAUCGCCACCUUCUCUUCCGGUCUAGAGGAGGCCGAGAGUUUCUACGACACCAUUGAAUGGCUAGCCGCUCAACCAUGGAGCAACGGGAAGGUGGGACUGAGCGGCGUCUCAUACCUGGCGGUCAGCCAGUGGCACGUGGCUGCCCUUAAGCCCCCGAGCCUCAAGUGCAUCGUGCCCGACGAGGGCUGGUCCGACUUUUACCGGGAAGUCGUUCGUCACGGAGGUAUCCCCGAUACAAGUUUCUUCCCCUAUAUUGCGGAGCGGUGGGGGCGGCAGUGA